AUGUCAAAGAAAAGGGGAAUUUUUGGUGUUGCAGGACCACGCGUGUUGUAUUUCUUUGAUGGCCGUGACAGCUGGUCCUCAGAUGAUGAUAGUGACUCAGAUUUCGAGGUGACACCAGGUGAAGCUGAAAAACUGGAUAUAAAGAUUCAUAAAAAAAGAAUAAAGAAAUGUAAAGAAAGAAUCAAUGGUGUAGCUGAAAAGGACGUAUAUGGCAAAUCUAAAUUAAAGAAAAUGAACAAAGAGUGGACUUCAUCAGUAUCAACAAAAAAAGGGCACGGUUCCAGAAUAUGUUUGCAGAAUCUACCUCCUGAAGUAUUGGUGCAUAUCUUUAAAUUUGUUGUCAAAGAUGACAAUGUCCUUCCUACUCUCUGCAGAUUUUCUAAAAUGUGUCAAAAUUUUUAUGUGGCUGCCAGUCACCCUUCACUGUGGAAGAAAGUAGACCUGUCAUUUGGUUGGAUCAAGUCUAGCCUGGAUACUCUAAAGUGGUUGGUGAAGCAUAGGCUGACUCAGGUAGAAGAACUGAAUCUAGGAUCAUGGGAUCAGCUGAAAGAUGAAGGGAUCCAGAUUGUUACAGAAAGCUGUCCAACCCUGACAUCCCUCAUUCUGUUCCGAUGUAAAAAACUAACCUAUAGAUCUCUCACGCUAAUUGCUGAUAACUGUACAAAGCUGAGUGCUUUAGAUCUUUCUUUUGCUAGUGGUAACGUACUCAACCCUCCCACAUUGAGAUAUUUUAUUGAGAAGCGAGGAGCGAAUCUAGAAAGUCUGACACUUUCAGGAAAUAAACUUGGUUCAUUUCAGAAAACACUGUCUUCCCUCAAGGAUCAUUGUCCAAAUUUAAGAAGUCUGGAUAUUUCAGGCUGCUCGUUUUUUGAAAACCAGAAUAAUAUGACGUUUCCCAUUGAGGAUCUGCAGAUUGCAUGGCCCAAAUUACAGAUUCUACGAUUGAACUGUAUUGAGUGUAGAGUACCGCCAACUACAUUGGAGAGACAGGCAAUGUCACCAGGUUUUCCAGAGUUGGAAGAAUUGAGUCUUGCUAGCCGAGUUAAUCUGCAAGCUUACAAUUCAUAUGGGGCCAAUGAUGAAUUUUUAAGUCGACUUUUGAAGACGUCACAUAAGUUGAAAUACUUGGAUAUCAGAAAUUGUAGAAGAUUAAGUAAAAAUGCAUUGGAGAACAUUCCAGCUGGUAAUCUACAACACCUGUUCAUGAGUCGUUGUACCAUUUCUGAACAUGGUGGACUUUGCCGGACAAUCGAGAAGUGGCAACACAGCUUGGUACAGCUGGACAUAUCAUGGAUCAGGGACCCUUCCAUGGAAAUGGAGCAAGCAAUGACAGAAUUGGCCAAACAUGGUGACCAAUCAACACUGAGUAUAAUCGACUUGAGUGGGUCGCCAGUAGAAAUGAACAGUGUCAGGUUACUGUUGCAGGGAUGUCCUUCCUUGAAUCGUGUGGACCUCUCAUCAUGUCGCAGUAUCUCAAGAGGUUUCAAGCGAUUAUACGAAGGGAAAGAACUAGAUGAACUCAGGGACAAUAUCUCUUGAAAUUCAAUGGAUGCAUCAAAAACCCUAUAUAUUCCGUUAACUUUUUUAAAUGAAUUUUUUUACUUGUUUGUAGAUGUUUGUAC